AUACGUACAAGCUGUUUUUUGUUUACAUUUAUGCUUAGUGUCAGAAGAGUGUCAGCCUGUCAGAGAAGUGUGCUGAUAAGUUGCUUCUGAAGCGAGGCUAGAUAAGCAAUUAAAUCUGUAAUCCGCAUUUGAUAACACAGAUCUCUCGUUAAUAUAAUAGCUGCACUGCAGUUGAAACUGUAUAUGCGGUUUGCAGACGACACUGGCGGGUCAACAUCUUUCCAGAGGCUUAACAAUGGCUGUCAGAAGAUUGGAACCCUGUGUGCAGUUGCCUCUUGAUGAGAAGACUUUAAAAGAAGUAGUGACAUCUGCACGGGACUGGGCUCUGAUGCAUGGUGCAUGUAUGCGUUCAAAGACAAACUAUAAUGAGGAUAUUUUACAAUUUGCUCCAUUUGCUCUCCUACCGUCAGUGUUUCCUAGAAAAGAAUUUGAGAGAGCUGUCAAUAUUCAGCCAAUUCUGAAUGAAUUAAUGCAUAAAGUAGCUCAUGAUCAUGAGUUCCUUACAUCAAGUCUAAAAAGCACUAUAGAAGUAGAUGAAUUCACAGGAAAUAUGUUCAAGAUUUAUGAAACUGUUUAUAAUGAAGGUUUUGCUCAGCGAUUGUCGCUGGGACUCCUCAGGUCUGACGUAAUGCUGGAGAGUUGCUGCUGUCUGGACGAAGGCCAUGGUGACGAUAUCAAAUUGGCGCCUUAUUGCUGCUGGAAACAGGUCGAAAUCAACACCAUCGCUUCUGGAUUUGGCUGGCUGGGGCCUGCCUCGUCUCGUGUCCAAAGAUAUGUUUUGCGUGAGUUGGGCCAUGAAGAGAAGCUAGAAAAUCUUCCACCUAAUUCAGCUCUUGCUGGGCUUUGUGGAGGAAUGAUAGAAGCAUGGAAAAUUUAUGAUAAUCCAAAAGCUGUUAUAAUGAUAGUGGUUGAAGAUGUCACAUAUAAUAUUUGUGACCAGCGCUUUCAUGAAUUUUACAUUCGAGAAAAUCAUCCUGAUGUCGGGGUUCUACGUCGAAGAUUCAGUGACCUUAAAGAACAAGCAAAACUGACUGACAACAAGGCUCUUUUUGUCGAUGGUCAUGAGGUGGCUGUUGUGUAUUACCGUACUGCAUAUGAACCAGCUCAGUACGGAGGAGCUGAAGGCUGGAAGACUCGCUUGCUGAUAGAGCGCUCAAAAGCCAUCAAAUGUCCAAGUAUUCAUUAUCAUCUUGCAGGGACUAAGAAAGUUCAGCAGGCACUAGCACAUCCUGGAUGCUUGGAACGUUUUAUCACUGACUCAGCAAAAGUGGAGGCCAUCAGAGAGAUCUUCACAGGUCUCUAUUCCCUUGAUUUUGAUGAACAUGGUGACAGGGCUGUAGAUAUGGCUAUUGCAAAUCCAGAACGAUAUGUUUUAAAACCACAACGUGAAGGAGGUGGUAACAAUGUGUAUGGACAAAAGAUUCGGGGAGUAGUAGAAAAAAUGAAAUCUUCCAAAGAGAGAACUGCUUGGAUACUUAUGGAACGAAUAGCUCCUCCAGUACAGAAGAAUUAUAUUGUAAGACCGGGGCAGAAUAAUGUACCUGAACCAACAGAUGUUGUGUCAGAAUUAGGGAUCUUUGGUGUUGUGAUUGGAGAUGCAGAGAAAAUUCUUGUAAAUGAACAAGUGGGCCAUAUGUUGCGGACAAAAUUGAGCACUGUGGAUGAAGGCGGUGUUGCAGCAGGACUAGGGGCACUUGACAGCCCCUAUCUGGCAGAUCUGUGAUGUAGAUUGCAUACCAUCAACAAGAUAUGAAUUACCAAGUGCUUUCAUUGAAAAUGUUAUUUAAUACUUGUAUUUCUGUCACUUGUUUUACAGAUUUAUGAGUACAUAUGACAUUUUUGGUUCAUCACAGGCCUACAGAAAACUAUGUAUUGUUAUUUGUAAUUAAUAUUAGUGGGGAACGUGUAGAGUUAAUGUUCUUGAUAUCUUUUAAAGCUAUUUUUGGUGGGUCAUUAAAUAUUUAAUAAAAGAACAGUAAUGCCACUAUUGUGGUCCUUUGAAUGCUUUAAGAAUCUUGGCCAUCAUAGAAGAUCAUUGUUUUAU